CUUUGGCUUGUUGCUAACAAGCCAUUUUAAUAAAACUCGUGUCGUAGCCAUGUCUGGACAAUCAUCGGGCUGUGGAUUUCUGAUGUCGGUUGUUGUCCACGGUGACUCGGCUCUGAACGAGCAGGAAAAGGAGCUCAACCAGCGACUCCGACGGCUCUAUCCAGCCGUUAAUGAAAACGAGACUCCGCUCCCUCGAUCCUGGAGCCCGAAGGACAAGUUCAGCUACAUCGGGCUUUCUCAGAACAAUCUUCGUGUACACUAUAAAGGUCACGGGAAAACCCCCAAGGAUGCAGCGUCCGUACGGGCCACCCACCCCAUCCCAGCCGCCUGUGGGGUCUACUAUUUCGAGGUGAAGAUCAUCAGUAAAGGCCGAGAUGGGUACAUGGGCAUCGGCCUCUCAGCUCAGGGUGUAAACAUGAACAGACUCCCUGGCUGGGACAAGCACUCAUAUGGUUACCAUGGAGACGACGGGCACUCCUUCUGCUCGUCUGGCACCGGGCAACCCUACGGACCCACGUUUACAACAGGGGAUGUGAUUGGCUGCUGCGUUAACCUCAUCAACAACACCUGCUUUUACACAAAAAAUGGCCACAGCCUAGGUAUUGCCUUCACAGACCUUCCACCUAACUUGUACCCGACUGUGGGCCUUCAGACUCCAGGGGAGGUGGUGGACGCAAACUUUGGCCAGCACCCCUUCGUGUUCGACAUUGAGGAUUAUAUGCGUGAGUGGAGGACAAAGAUCCAGGCCCAGAUUGACCGCUUUCCUAUUGGAGAGCGCGAGGGCGAGUGGCAGUCCAUGAUCCAGAAGAUGGUGGCUUCAUACCUGGUGCACCACAGCUAUUGUGCCACAGCUGAAGCCUUUGCCAAAUCCACCGACCAGGCCGUGCACGAGGAGCUGGCCUCCAUCAAAAAUCGACAGAAGAUCCAGAAGCUUGUGUUGUCAGGUAGAAUGGGCGAGGCCAUCGAGACUACCCAGCAGCUCUACCCCAACCUCCUGGAGAGGAACCCAGACCUUCUCUUCAUGCUCAAAGUAAGACAGUUCAUAGAGAUGGUGAAUGGGACGGACAGUGAGGUGAGGUGUCUGGGAGGUCGCAGCCCAAAGUCUCAGGACAGUUACCCUGGCUCCCCCCGGCCCUUCAGCAGUCCCAGCCACAAAGCCAGCAGCUCCCAGCCCUACCUCACAGGGUUUGACAGCAACUGCUGUAAUGGUGUGACAUCCAGCAAGAGCCACAGCUCCUCCCCCCACAGUCACAAGCCCUGCCCUCCAGGCUCUGGCUCCACCCUCCCAGUGUCUGACAUCAGCCUCAAUGGCAGCCGCAAUCAACAGCUCAUAACCAGUAAUGACAUGGAUAUGGAGAUUGACCACUUCACCAAUGGAGUGACGGAAUCAUCCUCAAAUGGUUUCCUCAAUGGCAGCUCUAAAUACACCACCGAGCCCGAUGACUGUGACGCAGACAUGGAGGUGGAGUCGACUCAGUCCAAGAGGCAGCUGUGCGGCGGGAGCCAGGCGGCCAUCGAGAGAAUGAUCUACUUCGGCAGGGAGCUCCAGAGCAUGAGCGAACGCCUCCGCCGCGAGUGUGGCAAGAACUCAGCCAACAAGAAGAUGCUCAAGGAUGCAUUCAGCCUGCUGGCCUACUCAGACCCAUGGAACAGCCCAGUCGGCUACCAGCUGGACGCCAUCCAGAGAGAGCCGGUCUGCUCCACUCUCAACAGUGCAAUAUUAGAGACUCACAACCUGCCCAAGCAGCCCCCCCUGGCCCAGGCCGUGGGUCAGGCCGCCCAGUGCCUCGCCAUCAUGGCACGGACUGGCAGCGGCUCCUGCGCCUUCGCCUCUGUGGACGAUUACCUGCACUAGCCCUAUGUAUACAUGCACCCACACACACCGAGGACCUGUCCAGAAAUGUCUCUCACCACCUCCUCUGUCGGUGUAGUCUCUUAAGCUGAGGAGGCGUUUCUCUGCAGAGUAACAAAUAGUACAGAGUUAACCAUCUUACUUGCUUUUUGUUCUGCUUUUACUGACUGACAAACACUGCUGAGGACCAGGAGUCAUUUCUGCGCAGCUCUUUAGAUUGCCAACACAAACCGCAUACAUUACCCACACACCACCCCCCUUUCCAUCAUAAAUAUGAAAAUUAGCCUCCACCUUGGCUGGCCUGACCUCCUCCUCCUUCAGCCCUCUGAGGUUGCAUCUGCUUUGUCCUGACUGACAGUCGGGGAGGGGCGCCAGUCAAGCGUGGCCAACUUGAAAAUACUCAGACAUCUAAACUUGUCUGGACUUGGCACAGGUGACCUGCCCCAGUAUACCUGGAGGCAUUGAACCGGGAUGCGCUGACAGGCGAACACCCCCAGGUCAAACAUGAAAGGAAAUAUAAGAAAAACAACAACAAAAAGAAACCGGACGAGUGACGGCUGUGGCCGACCACCCUGUAACGUGGUCUCGGUAAGCCUGGCUUAUCAGGCAAACAUGUGCACACACAUAAAACACAGGCAAACAAGCUAACACAGAGGCAGGCUGGUGCUGAAGACAGGAUGGGAAAGUCCUCCUCCACCAAGGCUUGUUGAGUGCUCAGACUCCAGCCUUAUGUCAGGCUCCGUUACAGACUGCCUAUACCCCCACCCCCUGCACCGGCUCCACCCUCCACUGACUUCAGGACAUCGGUGGAGAUUUGUGACGCAUGUGGACUCGGGACUUCGACGAAGCCAGAGAUAAUCUCCAUUCUUGACUCAACGUUCCCUGUUUUUAACCUUUUUUUUUUUUUUGUUUGUCAUGGGCAGGGGAGGGGGAAAGUCACCUGGCUCUUGUUUGUUUUUAGUUUUUCCAGGUUUACAAGGAAUGGUGCAGAAGAUAAUUAUCAUUAUAUUAAUUAUUGUUACUUACAUUCACAGUAUAUUUGUUGAGCGCCAGCAAGAGCAAGUUCCACCAAUUUAUUAUAAUAAAGGUCCCGAUUCCACGAGUACCAGUGACGAGUGUCUGUACAUGUUAGCAUUUAUAUAUGAAUUUAACAAAAUGGAAUUAUAUCAAUAGAGUGAGAUAUUUAGUUAUCAAAUGAAAGGAAAACAAUCUUUUACUGAUGCCAGUGACCCCUGAAGUGGCUGGUUGUUCCUAAUCUGUACAAGUUUUUGUUUCCCGUUUUGCUAAGCCCCGGGGUUCCUACGCAGGUGGAAAGCUGGUAUGUGUGACCAUUUCCAGGUAUGUCACCGUUCAGCUGCUUUCAAGUCCUUAAACAGUGAGGUAAUCUCAUUUGUUGCUACAGCUGAAUUUGGCAGUUAUCGAACAAACUCGGAACACUUCUGGGUAGGGUGUGGAUUGUCUGAAAUGGAAACCCUUUGUAGAAACUCCCCGCAACAACCUCUGGCUCCAUUUUACUUGACUCCCACCCCAGUUCCCCAAACCCCCCAGCUGCACAGCCAGUUUGAUGCAAACCUUAUCAGUCCUUAUUUUAUCAGUGUCUGUGCUAAUCCGUGACCUCAGGAGCCAAAACGUCCCUUUGUUCCUUCUCCUCGGUUUAGAAUAGUAAGGUCCAACCAAGCAGCUGACAAAUCCUGGGCCUCUUAUUACUGGUGUUCUCUUUUUUU